AUGCCCUCUGAGUGUUUAACUGGCGGUGGUCAUCGUAAUGUGCUUUCGCUGCACACUGCCGUGUCUGGAAGCAGCGGCGGCAGCAGCACCAGCAGCCCCAGUCCACAACGGCACCAGGUCGCCUCCAAUGCUGCUGGUUCCUCUUCCCGCAUGGCGACGGCAUACCGCUCAUUCAAACAGUGGGUAGAGGCACUGCUCGUUACGGAGCUUAACCCCACAGUUAAACACAUCUCCGCCUCAGGAGCGGUUCCAGCGACGGCAACAGCAGUAGCGGGGGCAGCAGCAGCUUCUGCAACAGGUAGCCCAACAUCAUCCACUAAAAAUAAACGGGAAGGUAAUAACCCCAUAUGCUCGGAUUUUAGCCGCUCAUGCUGCUCUUCUGCCACGCCCUUCAGCCGAGAUGUUUCGCCUGACGUUUGGGGGCCCCUGAGGCGCCCUCAAGUGAGCUCUUCGUCGGGGGGCCCACCAGAAAGGGCCCUUCUUCCCGCUCUGGGCUCGCUGUCUGAGAACAUCUUUUCGCACCGACCUGCACAGAGCCAGACGGGUCUCGCCUACCUGCCAUCUCGAUUGCCAGCUUCGGGUGUUCGUACACAUGAAGAGAGGCCUUCUCAAGCGUUUAGUGGUUUGUGCGGGAAACACUUCGCCUCCAAAGAUUCUUGUAAAGAACAAGAAUUGCUUGGCGUGGACAUCCACCCCGGGGUCUGCCCUCGUUCUUCUGUAUGUACACCCAGCGAUCAGGCUCUGCCUGACGCAUCUCAUUUUACACUUGGCGUAGACGCUUCAGCAGCACCCAACUCGCAGCCAACAGAGGGACGCCACCUGUCCCGGAGGGCUUCCCUCCGAGGCCCCUGCCUAUGGGGUCCCCAGCCAGCCAGUGCAGGAGGCAGAAGGACCCCUCUCCGCAAGUCCACAUUUAUCCCUUUUGGUUCUUCUCGAGUUCGGUGGGAGGACGUGGAGGCAGAGAGUUCUUCCGGAUGUCCUUUGGGGGCCCGCUGCGAGGGGCCUCCGGUGCCGGAUGAAGCUGGAGUUGAUGGUGCCGAGAGCUGCUGGAGAACAAAAGGCGGCCGCUGGCCCCAGCAGGGGCAGGUAGCGGAUGCAGGGGGGACUUUGGGAACCAUUGCGUGCAUGCGGGUAGCAGCUGGAGGGGACGGUGCUGGUGCUGCUGCGUGCAAAGCUGCUUCUGUAGACGUGCCUUGCAGCUCGACGCGAAGUCCGCGGGGGCUGCCAUCUGUUGAACGGCUUCUUUGGCGAAUGAAAGGGACCUUCUCGUCGACCCUUCGUGCAGCGUCGGACCUUAGUGGCAUCCAUUUCACUUUGUUUUGUCUUUUUUUCAGCAGCCGCACCAGCGGGGCUGACAGCCGCCUGCACUCCACUAACGCACAUCGUACCAACUCUGCGGCGGUUUCCGGGGUGCCGCGCAGUGGUAUUUGCAAAGAAGAAGGGUUUGUGCACGGUCUGAACAGCGUCAUGAGUGUUCGCUUCAGCAACGCCAACAGCCGAAGUAGCACCAACGCCCACCCUCACGCCGACAUCUACACCAACAGCACCAACAACAGCAACAGCAACAGCAACAGCAGCCACGUCACGAACACGCCGCACCAUCACUUCUCGCUCAUCUUUAGGGACGCCGAAGUGGAGACAGCCUAUGGCGAGUUCUUGCGAAAGGCGCGGGCGAAACGCCUGGUGGUGGUGGGCAUCCUGACAAUUGUUUUGAAUACCCUUUACGACUUACCCGAGUGGACUGCCAUGUUCACCUCUCCGCUCAUGGAGCAAAGCCCCUCUGGUACCCCGGAACCCAUCACGGACGCUUCCAGCCUGCCAGCACCAACAGGUGCACCUGCAGCAGCAGCAGCAUCUCCGCAGCAUCAGUACCCGGGCAGCCUCUCCACGGGAUUUUUGUUGGCUUUGGAUGUCAUUGAGGUCCUGCUGCAGGUUGUGCUGGCUUCUGCUGGCUACCUACCGCUGCUCAAGAGGCAUACAGAACGUGCUGCUGUUUCUCUUAUGUUAUCUGCCUUCUUUCUCAGCUCCAUUCGCCCCGCUACUCUUCUCCUCAAGACUAACCAAACAAUUUCCCUGGCCCUCACUCCAUACAAGGAGGCGCUGUUGCUGUCUAUUCAAGCCAUCAUGACAUCAACAUUUCUGCGGAGCAUCGUGGGUAGCGUGUUGAUAGACGCGGUGUGUCUGGUGCGGAGGCGCAAGCUGAUGCACUACCACAAGUUGACGCUGCUGCUGCUGCUGCUGCUGCUGACAGCAUGCACCGUAGGGGGCGUUCAGAUGGGCUUUCCCUUCUCCUUCCUCGUGUUCCCCUGGACCGUGGGGCUGGCGAGUGGCAUCGUCAUUGGUGCCUCUUACGCGGGAGCGUACAUGGCGGAGUUGAUGCACCGGCGUGCGUUCCUGAGCGUUGCGGCGGUGUCUGCUAAACUACAGAUCCUGCAGGAGGAGAGCACCAGCCAAAAGGCAACGGGGAAGAACAUGCUGGAACAGCUUGUGGGGCUGGUAAAGCAAAUGGGAGUCUCCCUCAGUGCCGUGGACCCCACGCCUCUCGACAAGACCGCCAAAGAAACCUUCCUGUACGCCUGCGCUGUACAGGCAAAAUGCCUAGACGUCCUCACCAGCGGAAGAAACAUGUAUGCAGUAAACUGGCUAGCUCCCGAAGUACCGCCCGACGUUCAGCAGCUAUAUAGACAGUUCAUUGAACCGUACAUCAGGCAGGACUCCACAGCCAUCCACACCCUCGACAACCAGCCAGUCCUAUCCGCACCAACAACGCCCCACAAUAUUUCCUCUCAAAUCAAACCUCUAACGCACGCCGCGUCGACUUGGACACCCCCUGCUGCUGCCUCCAUAACGGCAACAGCAACAGCAAUAGCAGCACCAACAGUACCUCAAACUACUGCAACACCCAGCCGGCCCUCAACGCAGGCUUCUCAGGCGAAAUCUCAACCUCCAGGGUGCCCAGCAUCUGCUUCCCCUUCACCGGCACCAUCAGCAGCAGCAGUAGCACCGGCGGCGGAACCCUCUGGUGUUCCUGUGGCAGUGGCAGCCACAGCGUUUCGGCCGCUCUCUGUGCCUCUGCGCGAAGGGAUCUGCUUGCCAGAAGUAGACCCUGAAGUCAUCACCCCUCCCAUACAUUUGCGCGAAACAAACACGAACUCGUCUCUCAAAGCGCCUGCCGGUGAAACAACGGCCCCGCUCGCCCCAGAACGAGGAGUUCAAGCAUCACAAAUGGCGGUGCCUGCUCUUGUUGCUUGCGCAGUAGGAGGUGAAGCUGCAGCUGACACCUCAGCAAACGGAGACAGCCCGGACAAACAAAACAACCCCGAACUAAUUCGUGACGUGGGAGGCUCUUCCCCUCAGUUGGAACGUGCUGCACCACACUUUGCCGCAACAGGAAAAGCAACAGCAGCAGCAGAAGCAAAAGCAGCGACAGAUGCAAGGGCGCAG